ACCCAAACCAUGCCAGUGAACUCUAACGUACAGGAAGAAGACGUGAACUUCCGGUCAGUGCAAUAACAAGCAAUGGCGGAGAAAGAACCGGGUAGAGCAGCCAAAGCGACCCUAACAGCCGCAGAGAUGCAGCUUCUCCGCCGCAGACAGGAGCUGGACUACUUCCAGAAGAACGCAGCGCGGAUCCGGAGCAGGAACCUGCUGACCGGCCUGGGCAUCGGAGCUUUCGUGGUCGGCAUCUUCAGCUACACCAUCCUGUCGGUCAAACAGGAGAGGAUCGUGGAGGAGCUGGAUGAAGAGGCCAGGAUCCACAUCAUCAGGGGCCCGCGGACUGGGGCCAACUCCUGAUCAGGAGCUCAGCUGGGCUAACAUCACACAUCCAUUUCUUGUUUUACGCAUUUUAUUCCACUGGUUGCAUAAAGUCUGCUGUUAGAUAAAUGUUUAGUUUCUCCUGUUUUGAACAUUAAUAAAAAACUGUUAACACAAGUGAUACAUGUGGACAUUCUGACAAAUAAGAAUGUUAUAAUGAAAUAAAGUCAUAACAGUUGUAAAA